AUGGCCGAAUCUCACCCGGUGGGCGCUCCGCUUGAAGAGCAACUGGAGUCAGAAUCCGACGGUGAAGAACAACACCAGGACGAAGGCACCGAAGGCACUCAGGAUGCAUCAGGCUCAGCUGCUGGGAAGGCGAAGAAGAAAAAGAAGAAGUCCAAGAAAUCCAAACUCGUCUCUGCCAUCACGGGCAAAAAGUCUCCUGAAGAACCUACAGACCCCUCCCAACCGGCUGGCAAUUUGUCAGGCGAGUCAUUGAAGACGCUCCUGGACAUGAAUCCCGCCCUCAAAGGCGAGCUGGCGGGCCUCUCUCCCGAGAAAGCAAACGAGUUACUCAAGAAGAUGGACGUGUCACAGCUGCUGAGUGGGCUUUCGUUGACGGGGAAAAACCAAAAGGACAUGGCGUCCUACAAAUUCUGGGCGACUCAGCCGGUGCCGCGUUUUGAUGAGAAGCCAGCGGAGGACAAGCCAGAUGGACCGAUCAAGGAGGUGAUUCCGGAACUGGUGCCCAAGACGGCCGCACCUCUGCCUGAAGGGUAUGAGUGGGUGGAACUCGACCUGACCAACGAUGAGGAGAUCAAAGAGGUCUACAAGCUUCUCUCGUUACACUACGUCGAGGACGACCAUGCCAUGUUUCGCUUCAACUAUUCCGCUGUCUUUCUGGAUUGGGCCCUGAAGUCGCCCGACUGGAAGAAGAGUUGGCACGUUGGCGUCAGGGCCAAGGGUCCCAGCCGACUUCUCGUCGCGACCAUCUUUGGGAUCCCCAUCAAGUUGAGAAUACGGCAGCAUGUCCUCGACGUGGUGGAGAUCAACUUCAUGUGCGUCCACAAGAAGCUGAGGUCGCGAAGACUUGCACCGGUGCUCAUCAAGGAGGUCACGCGACGCUGUUACCUGGAGGGCAUUUACCAGGCGAUCUACACUGGCGGCGUUGUCUUACCGACCCCAGUCGGCAGCUGUCGGUACUUCCACAGAAGUCUGGACUGGUUGAAGCUCUACGAAGUCGGCUUCUCUCCUCUGCCUCCUAAUAUGACCCAAGCCAAGAUGAUUGCUCGCAACCAAUUACCUCCCAACACCAGCACGCCAGGGUGGCGGAAAAUGGAGGAGAAGGACGUGGAUGCAGUCCAUGACUUGCUGACGCGGUACCUUGAACGAUUCGACCUCGCCCAAGUAUUCUCGAGAGCCGAGAUUGUACACUGGUUCCUCAACCGAGAGAAGCCAGAAAAUCAGGUGGUGUGGUCGUUCGUGGUCGAGGACAAGGAUGGCAAGGUCACGGAUUUCGGGAGCUUCUACUGCUUGGAAAGCAGCGUUAUUGGCGAAAUGAGCAAGAAGCAUGACAAAAUUCGAGCCGCAUAUCUUUACUACUACGCGACCGAGCAGGCGUUCAAUCCCAAGGAGAAAGGGUUGAAGGAGAGACUGCUGCAACUGGGCCAGGACCUAUUGAUUGAGGCCAAGAAGGCCAAAUUCGACGUCUUCAACGCCCUCACCCUCCACGACAACCCCAUGUUCCUGGAACAGUUGAAGUUUGGCGCCGGCGACGGCCAGCUGCAUCACUACCUGUACAACUGGCGCACCAAGCCGAUCAACGGCGGCAUCAACGCCAAGAACAUGCCCGAUGAGAGCAAACGCGGCGGGAUCGGCAUUGUGCUCUUGUGA